AUGAAGCACUUCCCUAUUUCCUGGAAGGUUCUCACCGUUGCCAUGACCUGCGCUAGCGCAGUGGUUGCCAACAAUCCCCUAGCUACACCGGACCAAAAGGAGUUGGAUUCACUUGCUAUCAAGCUCAAUCAGAAUUAUGAUUUCGUCGUGCUCAAGGCCGAAGCUAAAGCCGCAUAUCAAACUGCUCACGGGCUCCCGAUUAGUGACGAAGCCUCUUCUCGUCUCGACGCAGCAAUCGACGAAUUGGCUUUCAGUGCUCUCCAAAAGGCCAUAAAUACGGACCCUUAUCAUCCCAAAGCAUAUUGGGUUGAUGCCGGACCUCGAAGCUGGUUUGAUCUUGAUGUUCCUGGUGGUCGAUACUCAUACGACAACCCGGAUUAUGUUACUUUCUCUUUGAUUAGCGAUCCAAACUCACAAAAUACCGUGGCACAUCUGUUCGGUUCUGAUUUGGUCAUUGAGGACGAUGGUUCCUACACAAUCACUAUCAACAGCUCGUCUGCGGACGGUGCAAAGAAUCACAUCCAGUCUACUUCAUCGGGAAAGCAGCUUUUUGUGCGAAACAAUUUGGGCGAUUGGCAGUCUGAAAAACCAGACAACAUAUCCGUUGCGUUGAUUGAUGAUGCCUCAGGACAGGAUCCGAUCAGCGAGUCGAAAAUUAUUAGUACCGCAAGAUGGAAUUUGCAGGAAUCAAUCGUGGACUACGGGGUUGGCGCAUUGGGAAUCAAGACAAUGAUCAACAAGCUAAACACCCUCAAAGCACCAAGUCAGUCUAGCACCUUGGGCACCUUGACGAGCCAGGCUAGCUCCUUCGGCCAUUUCAAGCUAGGCGACCAGGAAGCUCUUGUCGCAACAGUUACCCAAGGUGAUGCGGAUUAUUUUGUCUUUCCCUGGACGGACCCUUGGAUGAUCACAACUAAGCCAGGAAACAGCCAAGUCAGCCUGAAUAAUGUUCAGGCUUCUGUUAACGACAAUGGAACUUACACUUUCGUGGUAUCUCCUGAGGACCCAGGAGUCUACAACUGGAUCAACACAACUGGUUUAAAUGAAGGGACAGCCAUGGUGCGUUGGCAAGGCUUAUCUGAUGAUGCGACUUCCUCAUCGAAUCCCCCAUCUAUAGUUACUCAAGUAGUCCCGCUGUCCGAGCUUGAAUCUAUUCUACCAUCGGGAACGCGAUUCGUGACACAAGAGGAGCGCUCAGAGCAAUUGAGUAAGCGACGUUCGGGAUACUCUCAAAGAACUGCGACAUGA